AUGGGGAUGCGAAAACCGACCAAUUCGGUGACAAUACGACAAAGUGCUGGAAAGUUAUGUGCCAAUCACUUGGUUGGCUCUUUUGUUGAGCAUGCUGAAGACUGUCGAUUGUUUUAUCUGUGCGUGGAAAACGGUGAUGCUGUUUUGGCCUCCUGUCCGUCAACGAUGCUGUUCAACGCUGAGAAUAAAAUCUGUGACGCCCCAGAGAGUGUGAGAUGCACAAAUAGCACCAGUAGCCUCGUCAAUAAUCCUCCGGCUGGCAGUGACAAUAACUUUAACAGCAUGGUCACGGAUGCGGCUACUUAUUGUGCCACUUUAAGACCACAGCCGGAAAGCGAUCGCAUUGUUUAUAUUGGCAGCUCAACCAGCUGUAAUAAUUACUACAUUUGCUAUUAUGGACAAGCCAUUCUGCAGACGUGUAGCGCGGAGUUGCACUGGAAUGCAGUGACAGCCAAAUGCGAUUUGCCGGAGCGGGCACAAUGCACACUGGAUUCACCGCUGAGUUCACCGCCAGCUGAUAACUCAAAUGUCUCAAACGAACUUAUACACUGCCCGCCCUAUGGACAACAUCUGUAUCCACAUAUGCGACGAUGUGAAUUCUUCAUUUACUGCGUUAAGGGUUAUGCCACUUUGCAACAGUGCCCGUUUUAUUACUAUUUCGAUGUCGUUACCAAAAGCUGUCAGUGGUCACGCACUGCUGUGUGUGUGCGUGAUUUAAAUUUCCCGCGCCAAUAGUAAUAAGUCUAUCGAUUUCGAUUUGUUGUUAGUUCCAAAUAGAGUGACCGUAUCGGUGUUAUGUAAUCGAUAUUAAAUAUCAAAUGUUAAUCAGUA